AUGAAUCUGGGGCUCAGCUUCCGUAGUUUGGACUUCUCCUCACUUAGCCUCUUCUUUGGCCUGCUUCUCCACUGUGCAGUAGGAAGGAACCUGAAAUUUGUCGUGGUAAUUUUCCGGCAUGGUGACAGAUCUCCUAUGACAACUUUCCCCACAAAUACAGUCAGUGAAGAUGUUUGGCCACAGGGAUAUGGACAACUUACUAAGAUUGGAAUGCAGCAGCAAUACGAGUUUGGGCAAUACUUAAAAGCCAGAUAUAAGAACUUCUUAAGCCCUUCAUACAAGGCAAAAGAGAUUUAUGUCCGAAGUACAGAUUGCGAUCGAACCAUAAUGAGUGCUCAAGUCAAUCUGGCUGGUUUCUUUCCUCCAUCAGCCAGCGAGGCCUGGAACCCACACAUUCACUGGCAACCUAUUCCAGUUCAUACUGUGCCUCUUUCACAGGAAAAGUUGUUGAUAUAUCCUAAUUUUCACUGCCCACGUUUUAAUCAAUUACUACAACAAGUCAGAAGAGACACAACAGUGCGGAAGACCUUGAAACAGUACAUGAUCACCAAGCAUUGUAAUUUUAUCUUUCAGCCACUACUACGACGAACUUCACGCUUACUGGGAUAUAACCUGAGAAAACUACUGGACUUUCAAAAUCUCCUAUUCUGGAAUGCAUAUGAUACUUUAAAAGUUCAGAAAAUUCACAAUCAUUCUUUACCAGUAUGGGCUGAUACAGAAACCAUGGAUUACAUGAAAUCUUUCCUGGAACAUUUGUUAAUUGCCGCAUUUGAGGGAAAAUUCAGAAUUGAGAAAUCACAACUACAAGGAGGUAACCUUGUGAAACAUAUUCUGGGAAAAAUUAUCAACUGCACUACGUCUCACGAAACAAAAAAAAUGAUAAUGUAUUCAGCACAUAGUAUGACAAUAGUUGCCCUCCAAACAGCACUUGGUGUUUACAACCAGUUUUUACCUCCUUAUGCUGCCUGCCAUAUUUUUGAGCUAUAUGAAGAAAAUAGUGGCUAUUAUACCAUUGAGAUGUACUAUCGGAACAGCACAGUUGAUGAACCCCAUCCACUCAUUUUGCCAGGAUGUUCAAAGGCUUGUCCAUUGGAGCAGUUCAAAAAAUUGGUUGCUCCUAUUUUGCCACAAAAGGAAUGUUAA